AUGACGAUCUCUGACGGGGCGGCGCAAGGGAAUGGGGUCGCCAACAGCCAUGUGAAGAAUGAUACUUCUGGUCGGCCUAGCUUCUUCGAGGACUAUGGCGUCUGGAAGGAAGCCCCUGUGCUUGUCGGCACAACCAAGUUUGAGCCCCUACCAGAUGUCAAGAAUAUCAUGAUCACUGGGGGUGCGGGCUUCAUUGCAUGUUGGCUGGUGCGACACCUUACACUCACAUAUCCCCACGCCUAUAAUAUCGUUUCUUUUGACAAGCUGGACUACUGCUCAUCGCUGAACAAUACCCGAGUCCUCAACGACAGGCGGAACUUCACCUUCUAUCAGGGAGACAUCACCAAUCCGUCCGAAGUGCUAGACUGUCUGGAACGGUACAAUAUCGACACCAUCAUUCACUUUGCAGCACAAUCUCACGUAGACUUAAGCUUCGGCAACUCGUAUCAUUUCACACAUACAAAUGUAUACGGGACGCAUGUACUGCUGGAAAGCGCCAAGCGGGUGGGUCGAAUCAAGCGCUUUAUUCAUGUUUCGACCGAUGAAGUUUACGGUGAAGUCCGAGAUGACGACGAUGACCUUCUCGAGACCAGUAUCUUGGCCCCGACGAACCCCUACGCCGCCAGUAAGGCGGCUGCCGAGAUGCUUGUCCACUCAUACCAGAAAAGCUUCAAAUUACCGGCCAUUAUAGUUCGGAGUAAUAACGUUUAUGGGCCGCAUCAGUAUCCAGAAAAAAUUAUUCCCAAGUUCAUUUGCCUUCUAAACCGUGGAAAGCCCGUCGUCCUGCAUGGGGAUGGCUCCCCAACGCGGCGGUAUUUGUACGCAGGCGACGCUGCCGAUGCCUUUGACACAAUCCUUCACCGGGGCCAGAUCGGACAGAUCUACAAUGUGGGCUCGAGUGAUGAGAUUAGCAACCUUAGCCUAGCCAAAAAGCUCCUAAGUCUUUUCAGUAUAUCUCACGAUAGGCGGGAAGAGUUCAGCCGAUGGGUCAAGUAUACGCACGACCGGCCGUUCAACGAUCAUCGAUAUGCAGUAGACGCGACAAAGUUGCGGCAGCUGGGCUGGAAGCAACAAAUGAGCUUCGAGGAAGGACUCAGAAUCACGGUUGAGUGGUACCGUCGGUUCGGAGAGAGGUGGUGGGGGGAUAUCAGCAAAGUUCUGAGCCCGUUUCCUGUGGUAUCCGGCAGAGAGGUGGUUGAAGACGAUGAGCAUGUGUCGGAUAAUCCACAGGGUGCCGACAGUGUCUGCGUCCGAGGACUUCGCAUCAAACGAACCAGCGGCAGCUGCGGAGGAGACGAAGCCGAAUCAGUCAAAAAGAAAAGGAAGGUUGACGAGUUUGAUGGACGGCAACAACAGAAGCAAAUGGCUAGCUUUACGGCCACCGCAUGUACCAGUAGCAUUCCGGAAAAGUGUACUUGA